AUGAAGAGACGCACCGCCACCUGCUGGACGCUCCUCCUGCUGGCUGCCUUCUUCUGCGACAGCGUCACCUGCAAGGGUGGGCGGGGCGGAGCGCGGGGGGCGGCCCGUGGCCGGGGCAUGGCCCGCAGCCGGGCCAAGGCUGCCCCUCGCUACGGCUCCUCGGGAGUGGGGCUGCGGGUGGCGGCAGCAGCAGCGGCGGGCGCGGCGGCAGGCGUGGCGGCGGGAGCGGCCCACAGGAGGAUGAGGAUCUCCGGAGAGCUUGGUCCAGAUGACGGCUCUGAGUUCCAGGAAGGCAACAGGACGGGCAGCAGCGUGUACAGCUACCGCUCGUGGACCUCGGCUGCCCGGGCCCAGGACACGGCGCACCUUGCCAUCUCCUUCUGCCUGGUGACUGGCUUCUUCCAGCUCCUUCCCCUGUAA